CUGAACCGAGUAGAGUAGGAGCAUGUACACUACUACACACACUGUGCAGACCAUUAACCCGUUGGCCACAGCUUUCUCUGUCUCUCUUGGUACCGUUGGCAUCUUUCCACGAGAAUUCAGAUUCAGAAACCACCGUCCCAUCUCUCUUCCCUUCCUACUCCAAACCCCACAAGCACAACCCACACGCAACACACAGCGCACUGUCCCCUACUCCCCUCUCCUCUCCUUUGUUGCUCGCUCGCCGCCUCGGGAUCCCCCGGCGCGGCGCAGCAGCUCCUUCCUUUGCGUAGGAAUGUCUCGGGCGGCUGCCGCCUCCGUCUCUGCGCAGCGAAAGCCACAUUUAUUUGCCACCUAAAAGGGGCACACCUCCCCACCCCAGCUUAAAUUCCCGGCCAGCCGCAUCGAGAAAGAGAAACGAACGCAGAGGUCCGUCGCCAAGCCAAGGUCCCAAACAAUGGCGGCUAUUUAGCGAGGCGCGCUGCAGGCAGGCCGGAAGGGGGAGCAGAGCUUCUUGUUUGUUUUCUUGCGAAGAAGUACCGCUGCGAUGAAGCGUGCACGCGGCGGCAGGCUGCUGCUGGCCCUCGCCGUGCUCUUCUUGGCGCUGCACCUCCUGUUCUCCGGCUGCGCGGCGGAAGGGGAGGACGAGGAGGGCUCGCCGUCACCGGCGGCGGCGGCGGAGCCGGAGGCGCCGAUGGAGGACAAGCAGAAGGCGGCCCUGUACGCCGCCAUCGGGAGCUUCGUGGGCAAGGCGUGGAACGGCUCCAGCCUCUUCCCCGACCCCUGCGGCCAGACUCCCAUCCAGGGGGUGUCAUGUGACCUCUUCAAUGGCGUGUGGUACCCAACGGUGGUCAGCAUCGGUCCAGUGCUCGACAACUCGCUGCAGUGCGCCCCGGACGCCAGGUUCAGCCCCCAGCUCUUCGACCUCCGGCGCCUCAAGAGCCUCACCUUCUACGCCUGCUUCCCGGCGGCCAACCCCACGGCGAUCCCGGCGACUAGCUGGGACAGGCUCGCCGGCACCCUCGAGACGCUCGAGUUCCGCUCCAACCCUGGCCUGGCCGGAGCUAUCCCGGCUUCCAUCGGUCGCCUGGCCAGCUUGCAGUCCCUGGUCCUCGUCGACAACAACCUCACCGGUGCCGUGCCGCCGGAGCUCGGUGGGCUGGCAAAGCUGCGGCGGCUCGUGCUGUCCGGCAACGGGCUGUCGGGCCCGGUCCCGGCGACGCUCGGUAACAACAACCCUCAACUACGCGGCCUCGACGAGCUGCUGAUCAUGGACAUGAGCAAGAACUCUCUAACCGGGUCUCUGCCUCCGUCGCUAGGUGGGCUCAAGGGGCUGCUCAAGAUGGACCUCAGCAACAACCGCCUCGAGGGGCGAAUCCCGCCGGAGCUCGCCGGGCUCGACAGCCUCACGCUGCUUGACCUCCGGAACAACAGCCUCACCGGCGGCCUGCCGGAGUUCGUGCAGGGGAUGCCGGCGCUGCAGGACCUGCUGCUCUCGACCAACCCGCUGCUGGGAGGCACCCUGAUGCAGCGCGGCUGGGAGAAGAUGGCGAGCCUGGCCACGCUGGACCUGUCCAACGUCGGCCUCGCCGGCACCAUCCCGGAGUCCAUGGCGGCGAUGCCCAGGCUGCGGUUCCUGGCGCUGGACCACAACCGGCUCUCCGGCGCCGUGCCGGCCAAGCUCGCCGCGCUGCCGAGCAUCGGCGCCAUGUACCUCAACGGCAACAACCUGACGGGGGCACUCGAGUUCUCGGCCCGGUUCUACCAGAGGAUGGGCAGCAGGUUCGCGUCCUGGGACAACCCCGGCCUGUGCACGGCGGAGACGGCCGGCGGCGCGCCGACCGGCGUGGCGGUGUGCAAGGACGCGCAGGAUCCGCCUAGCGUCGGCGCGAGGGACGGGAUGGAUGGGGGUGGGAGGAAGCCCGAGGCGGCGUCCUCCUCAUCGGCUGGCAUGGUCACCGUGCUCUGGUGGUCGGUGCUGGUUCAGUGGAUGAUGAUGCUGCUGUAGACACCAAGUUCAGAUUUACUGAUAUGAUAGGUAGAAAGAUGGUGUUUUGUUGUGUUCGGUUCUGUUGUGUCGAUUGGUGAAGAAAGAACAGAAGAGAGGCUGGAGGAGUCUAGUGGUUGGUUACUGACAGAGAUGUUCAUUUUGGGUGUAAUUAGGCCUGUUUCUGCUGUCAAGUUACAGGAUGUCGAUAAGAUAAAUUUCCUUAGAAUUAAUUCUGGUUCAUCUUGUGUGGA